GAGAGCAUCAGUAGCAGGUGUGCUUCACCUUGGCUUCAUCUCCCUCCAGUCCAGAGGAACAUCUCCAGCAGCCAUGAGCAGCGCGUCAGUCCUCAGCCUCUCGAGCUCCCGCCAGCUCUCCUCGCUCUCCCUCACGGGGGGGAUGACCAAGCGCGUCUCCAUGGGGCGCUCACCCAGCGUGUACGGCGGCGCCGGCGGUAGCAGCGUCCGCGUGUCCUACGCGUCCAGUGUGGGCUCCGGGGUGGGCUCCGGGUUCGGGGGCGGGCUGGACCUGAGCAGCGCGCUGGACGGCGGCUUCGGCGCGGGCUACAGCGAGAAGGCCACCAUGCAGAACCUCAACGACCGCCUGGCCAGCUACCUGGAGAAGGUGCGCGCGCUGGAGAAGGCGAACGCGCAGCUCGAGCGCCAGAUCCGCGAGUGGUACGACAAAAGGGCGCCCACCACGCGCGACUACAGCCACUACCACAGCACCAUCGCAGAUCUGCGCAAGAAGAUCAGCGUAGCCAGCCUGGACAACGCCAGGAUCGUCCUUCAAAUCGACAACGCCAAACUCGCAGCAGAAGACUUCAGAGUCAAGUAUGAGAACGAGUUGGCCAUGCGUCAGUCCGUGGAGGCCGACAUCGCCGGCCUGCGCCGCGUCCUGGAUGAGCUGACCAUGACCCGCUCUGACCUGGAGAUGCAGAUCGAAGGCCUCAGGGAGGAGCUCGUCUACUUGAAGAAGAACCACGAGGAGGAAAUGGCAGCUCUGCGCAGCCACAUGUCCAGCAGCUCGGUGAACGUGGAGGUGGACGCUGCUCCUCAGCAGGACCUGACGCACAUCCUGCAGGAGAUCCGUUCACAGUACGAGGGCAUCGCCGAGAAGAACCGCAAGGAAAUGGAGGCAUGGUACAAGGUCAAGUUCGAUGAGCUGAAUAAGCAGGUGAAGACGAGCACAGAGAGCAUCCAGACAUCACGCAGCGAGCUCACUGAACUGAAGAGAACCCUACAGUCCCUGCAGAUCGAGCUGCAGUCUCAGCUCAGCCUGAAAGCGGCUCUGGAUGGAACCCUGCACGAAACAGAAUCGCGCUACAGCCUCCAGCUGGGUCAGCUGCAGAACCUGAUCAACAGCCUGGAGGUCGAGCUGACCCAGAUGCGCAUGGACAUCGAGAGGCAGGCCAGCGAGUACAAGUUGCUGCUGGACAUUAAAACUAGGCUGGAGCUGGAAAUCGCCGAGUACAGGAGGCUGCUGGACGGAGAGGAAGUCAAGAAGACGACAGUGACAAAGGUCAUCGAGGUCGCUGCUCCUCCUCCCAAACCUGAGCCCGUGGUGACCAAGCGUGUGCGGACCGUGGUGGAGGAAGUGGUUGAUGGAAAGGUGGUCUCCCGCACUGAGGACGUGGACGUUGAGGUCCUGAAGAAAUAAGAAAAGGCCGCAGUCCUGCUACCCAACACCGUGCGACCAUCUCUGUCCACAAACAACAACAGUUCGACUUUAAGUGUCUGAUGAAGAGACGAGUGUGAAUUUAAUGGUGUGAAUAACUAAACAUCCUCCGUCUCUGUAACAUCUGUGUGUAUGUUUGCAAAAUGUCAAAAUAAAAGACCAGCUAAAGUGCCAUAUUAUA